GAGAGACACUGAUGCCGUGGCGAGCAGUCUGGCUGGCACUUGUGAGGAGGUAGUAGGACACCUCAACGACAGGUCAACGGACUCCUUCAGUCACGGGGAGAAAUGGACACGAGUCGUAGGUUUAAGGACAAGCCGAGAGGACACAGGCGCACGCCCAGGCUCGUCUUCGGGCGGUGCCUCUGCCUCUCUCUAAGGGUGGGGGUCAUCAUCAUCGCUUCGCUGGAGAUUGUGAGUGCGGUGAAAUGUUGCAUCAUCGGCCUCGGGUUGUUCGCAGUCAUCCUGUUCGAGGCAACGGGACAAGACAGUGAGACCCCCGUCUCCGGCAGUGUCGUGGUGACCCUCUCCGGGCUGGCGCAGUUUCUCGUGUCUUGUUUGCUGCUGCAUGGAGCCAGAAAGAUGCAUGAAGCGGAAGAUGGGUUGGCUGACACCGAUGACGUCAUAAAGGACAUCGUGCCAACGCAGGAAGUCAGCAGCGACGUCGUGUUGACAUGUGACGUCAGCAGAUCCAUUGUGCCCAUUCAGGAAUAUAAAGGAGUCAUCACUAGAUUCUAA